CUGUCGCUGCGGGCUUACACGAUGAUGAUGAUGGCCGACGGCUGCUGCAGGGGGCCGGACAGGGCCCGGGCCAAGGCGGCCAGCGACCCGCUGCCGCGGCACGCCUUCCCCCCGCCGCUGCCCCCCGCCGCCGGGGCCCCGCCGCCGGGCGCGGACAUCCAGGAGCUGGCCUCCAAGCGCGUGGACAUCCAGAAGAAGCGCUUCUACCUGGACGUGAAGCAGAGCGCGCGCGGCCGCUUCCUGAAGAUCGCGGAGGUGUGGAUCGGCCGCGGCCGCCACGACAACGUGCGCAAGAGCAAGCUGACCCUGUCCAUGUCCACCGCGCCCGCGCUGCGCGCCGCGCUGGGGGACUUCAUCGACUACUACGCCCGCAUCGGCCUGCGCGGGGGGGCGGCCGCGCACGCGGAGGACGGCGCCAGCAACGGCCAGGCCCGCGGGCACGAGGCGCGCAGGAAAGCGCACGAGCAGCGCGCGGCGCCGUCCCCCACGGGCUCCGCGGGCUCCGACGAGCACAGCCACCGCGUGCUCAAGAGCGAGUUCAUCGAGCGGGACAACCGGAAGUACUUCCUGGACCUGAAGGAGAACCAGAGGGGCCGCUUCCUCCGCAUCCGCCAGACGGUCAGCAAGGGCCACGGCACCAUGGGCUACUACGGCCAGGGCAUCGAGCAGACCAUCGUGCUGCCCGCCCAGGGCCUCAUCGAGUUCCGGGACGCGCUGUCCCUGCUCAUCGAGGACUACUGCGACCAGGACCUGGAGGAGCCGGAGCGUUCUGGCCCCCGGGGCCGGGCCGACGGCCCCGAGCUGCCGGACGCCGCCUCCUUCCGCGUGGACAACAAGCGCUUCUACUUCGACGUGGGCUCCAACCGCUACGGCGUCUUCCUGAAGGUCAGCGAGGUCCGGCAGCCCUACCGGAACACCAUCACCGUGCCGCUGAAGGCCUGGGCCCGCUUCGGGGAGAGCUUCAUCAGGUACGAGGACGAGAUGAGGCGCAUCUUCUCCUGCCACAAAGAGAAGCGGACAGAGGCCCGGCCGGACAGCGAGGAGCCCGAGGACUGA